GCACGUGUGUGUGUGUCGGCGUGUGUGUGUGUACAAGCAGACGGGAGGGAGAGAGGGAGGAGAGGGAGAUCACCGCAUGGGAGCGCACGCGGUUCUCCUUCUGCGUCCUCUGGACUCGGCGAAUCCCGGCUGCUGAGUCGGGAGAGAGAGAGAGGAGAGACAACAGACGGAGACGAGGAGGAGGAGGAGGCGGGUUCGUGCGAUUGGAUUAGAGCUCGGAUCGUCGGAUCGCGGAGUUCAUCCGUGAACGGAGGGGAGUUGCGUCUCCUCUCUCUCUCUCGCUCAUCACAUUUUCUUCGCCCGCCCGUCCGCCCAAGAGGCUCAUGAUUCACACAGGAGCAGAGACGACGACGAGGUGGAGGAGGAGGUGGAGGAGUCGCUGCGAAGUAGGGGGUAGAGCCUAGGAUCGGAAUCCAACCGCGUUUGUUGGCUGAGACGUUGGGCACUGACGGCCGCGGCCUCCUGGUAGGAGCAGUCCGACCGGCUCCUCAGCUCGGCUCAGCCCGUACCUGGGGGGGGGGGAGCUCAUCUCGGUUGGUGGUGGAGGAGGAAGAGGAGGUGGAGGAGGAAGAGGAGGUGGAGGAGGUGGAGUGAUGUUGCAGCAGCAGCAAACUCCCAGCCGGGGCAGGGAGUUUCUGGCGGAGGUGGAGGGCUCCCUGCUGGGUCAGACCCCCCGCUCCGCCUUCGCUGUCUCCGUGCGGGUCAUCGACCCCCCCCUCUGCGACCCCACGGUGGAUCCGGCCGCUGGUUCCGUCGCGCUCGCCGGCGCCCCCCCGUCGCGGUCGCCCUCCCCGGGGGGCGGCCCGCCGGGCCCCCACCGCGCGCCCCGAGCCGCGGCCGCCGCCGCCUCCGCCCCCGCCUCCCCGGCGGGGUCUCCGGCGGGAUCCCCGGGGUCCCCCGGCUCCCCGCGCGGCGGGGACGGCGGCGGGGAAGCCGGUGUCGGAGGGCCCCCCACGACGCCGUCGGCGGAGGGGAGGCCGCGGCUGCCGGGGCGGCGCGGCUGCGGGGGAGCGUGCGGCGGCGGCGCCGGCGGCGUUGGCGGUCGCACCGUGAGGAGCAGCACGGAGCAGAGGAUGCAGCAGCUGAGAAUCAGCGGAGCUCAGAGUCCCGGCGCCAGGAAGAGGAGGCGAGCGAGCGGGAGCGACGAUGACGACGACGACGAGGACGCCGAUGGUGGCGGCGGUGGAGGAGGAGAGCGUCAGAAGCGUGCGAGGAGCGAUGGCGAAGCGGAGGUGAAGCGGGCGGUCGUUUCUCCGGGCCCGCACCUUCGGGACGCGGUCACCGCCAGCGCAGGGGUCGGGGAACUUCCUGAGCCACCUCUUCGGCAUCCUCUUCAGGGACCCUCCUCGCGGUCGUCCACGACGAGCGGGGCGGCCUCUGACGAUGAGGCGAUGACGACGGCGGCGACGGUGGCGGUGAUGGGCGGGGGAGGAGUACGUGAGGAGGAUGGAGGUGCGAUGGCCGGACCUGCAGUGCCGAAUUCGCCUGAGGAUGAAUGCUGCGCUUCUCCCGCCGCUUCGGGAAGCAGUGACGCCGCGUUACCCCCGUCAGCUUCCUGCGAGUCUCGCUCCGUGUCCCAAGCGCAAGAGCAGCACCAACAGAACCAGCAGAACCAGCAGCAGAGGUGCGGAGGACGGGUUCGAUCCCGGGCGCCACCGGGGAUGCCCAAGCUCGUGAUUCCGCACGGCGCUGCUGCCGUUGCCGCUGCUCUCUCGUUCGGCCCCCACGGGGUCGGGGGGGGCGCCGGCGGGGGAGGUGGGGAGGCGGUGGCGGGGGGCUACCCCCCCGAGAUCACGGUGACCCCGCCGACCCCGACGAUGCUGUCGCCACGGUGCAGCGUCUCCCAGGAGACCAAGCAGAGGCUCAAGAGCGCCAUCCUGUCAUCACAGUCGGCGGCCACCGUGCGGCGGGAAACGCUGAGCCAGCCGGCGCUCGAGCCGCCCGACACCUCCAGCCUCGAGUCGUCCUUCGAGAGCGAGUCGGACACGGACGACGAGCUGAUGGACAUCUAGGAGCUCCAUCGUGUUCCGCGUCUCGCUGAGUUCGUGGUUUGCCCCCCCCCACCCCGACCCGUUGUUGGUGGUGGCGGUGGGAGAGAGACGUUGGAGCGAUUUCGCCAAAAAUCGGACAAGGCGGAGGAACGUUUUUCCACGUUAAUGGUGCAUGAAUUAGGUCACGCCAUACACACAACGGGAAACACGUUUAGACGCCUGUGGCAUUACCAACCUGGAGCAGUUGUGACUUCCAUCUCGUGUCCCCCCUUCUGAAUGAUUUUUCUUGAAAUAUAUACAAUCGGUAUAUUGUGACUUUAACCGGGGAGUUGAUGUGGAAGGUUAUGAGUUUGAACCUUAGGGCUCGACUAUCUUCAACCCUCUGGUGUAACAGCAAUCCCUCCGAGUGUUAACAGUUGGUGGGAAGAUGACAGAGUGAUUAUCCUGUGGAUAGACUGGUUCCCGCCAAAGGAAAUCACUUGGCGCAGGGCUAGCCAAGAGAGUCGACGACCGGCCAAAGCGUGCUUGGAACAGGAAAAGCUUUGAUGUGACGCGACUUUUGAUGGUUAACACAAAGAGCUCCCCGUGUGUACUGUUUUGUAAUCAGCCAUACAUUUGUGUACACAUAUCGGUGCUUUUCGUUGGCAGUAUUUUCUAGGGGGAAGGCAGGAGUACAACAAGACAAAAAAAACACGCCUCGUGACGUGUGGCAUGUAGGCUGCUUAAGCCAUGACCUCGCUUCCCAAGCUCAAGCCGACCACCCGUCCAGUGGCUCCUCCCAAGUUGAGAGUCCCGUUACUGGGCCUUGAGAGGGGAGCGCUGUACGAUAGCGAAUAACAAACGUGCCUCUUUUCCACUGCACAAACGAGCCGUGGCGGGCGGUGGCGGGCCGUGCUGGGCCGUGCCGAACCUCCCCCGCCGAUGCUCGGCUGGCCCGAACCGUGCCGCUAACGUCACACGCACGGCGAAUUAGUGGACGCCCGUGUAGGUGACCCGAGUACGUUGUGUUCUCGGGUGUACUGAACGCACGCAAUGCACAAGUUGAGUUGCAUGUAGACGACAUGGUUGGCACUGUCCUCACAGGUGUACUCACCAACAUCGCAUGCAAUGAUCAGGUAGAUGACGCGGCGAUGCCGUGUCGAGUUAUGCCGACCGGGGUUAUGCAGAAAUGAACGAAUCGAUUAAUUUGCCCCCCCCCCCCCACUUGGCUCCAGAGACUUUCAUCGACGUCUCGCGAGGCUGGUGAAUCAGUCUGGUUAUGGCUCGGCUCGGCAAAUAACCCGUGCUGCGAGAGCCCUGUGCUGGUGCGGUUUGGGUGUGCUAGUGGGAAAGUGGCGAGAUGAGAAAGGUAAAUCGCCUGUUUGUGAUUCUGAAAGUUACGAACGUCAGUAACGUUGUCGACAGUGUUUUUGUCCGUGUAAAAAAAAAAAUGUUUUACGUAACUCGAGAAGAAUGUUUACCGUCGCGAAAUUAGUUACGCGCCUUCCACCAUACCUGGUGUCUGGGCUGGGAGUGAUGUGGAAAAAUAUUAAUAUAACAUUUGUAUUCGUUGUCAUUGUUGGGGGUGGGUUUGUUUUUGACAAGUAACGGUGGGACGCACUGCUUUGCACGUCGAUAACGGUGUAAAGUUCUCCAGCGUUCGUCCUCGUCGUUAAUAACCGAGUCGCGUGUUAUGUCAAACUGCCAUUUUUCUAUCCUACAAUUGCCACCGUUUAUGAGCACGUCGCGUCUCUUUUGACAGUUUGAUGCGGCUGCAGGAUUUUGCCUUUUGAACACAAAUUGCUGGAGAGCGCGCAGUAAUAGCUUUCCCCCCUCGCCCACGUGUUUUCGGAUUGUUGUGCCGCGUGUGGUUCGGCACGGUGACGUCCCCGACGUUCCAUCGUCAAACGCGCCGAGAGCUUCUUCGGCAGCGAACGUCGCACGUGGUAUGACCGGAAAUCACGCCGCGGGGUUGCACGGCACAGCGACAACAGCGAAAACGCACGCGGUAGCAAGCAGUAUUGUAUAUUUGUGCGAGAGGGGUGCGCCGAGGAGCACGAUGCUGUCGCGGGAGUUGAGGAGUUCCACUCGUCUGCCCCCUGUGAUCCUGAGGGGUUUUGCAUGAUGGAUCGCUGUAGACCCCCCUUCCCCCCCAUCACAGGCGUCCCCGACUGAUGAAGAUGAUUAUAUAUUUUUUUGUCAUUAUACCAGUGGAUUUACUGCAAACUGGUAUAAAUUCAAUAAGAAUGUAAAUGACGGGUGGGGGGGGGGGGGGGAAUGCACAUUAUAUCAUAUGUAAAGGUGAAUGUACAAGGGAAAUGUAUUGGAAAAACACAGCUGUAGACAUUGUUUGGCUUAUUUGCUACAUACCCCGGACCAUACACUCUAGUUAAAACAUAUGGCACUUAAUGUUUUCAUAAUGGAGUUUCUAGCUUAAUUUGGUCAGUAUGUUGCCAUUUAUGUUAAUUGGGCAGUUUUGUAAACUGGGAAGCAGUACUUUUAUCCAACGUGUGAAUCAAACCCUUUAACUCCAGGGCCUCCAUGUCACUAACAUGUGAAUUGAGCUAUUCAGCUCCACCAGUGUUUAAAUGAACAUACUUAUUGACUUCUGGUACGAGAUUUGUGCCUCCCUUUGUUCUCUGGGCCCCCGAGGGGGGGGGGGGGGGUGAGGAGGGGGGACGGAUGCCACGCUGGCGUCAUACUCACGUGACAAUGCCUCUACGGAUACAUCGCGGUCGGUGACUUACAAGGAAAAUGCGUUUCAAGUUGUUAAGCGGAUUUUAUUUUUUUAUUCCAGACUUCGAUGUCGUUGGGUGAUUAAUUUUUCGCACAACAGCAAUGGUAGAAAAAUAAGAGACAACUGCAUCAAUCAAAAAACGACAAGCACAAUCCAUGAAAUGCCACUGGGUGACAGGAAUCAAAGGGAAACGGCCACCACUCGAUCAUAAGGAAGGAAACCACAAGGGUGGGAAAGGAUUGCUGUGCUGGGGUAGGCUGGGCGGUAGCGAAGGUGAUGAUGUUCAGGCGAAUGUUGAUCCGUUCCAGCCUACGUUCGCGGGAUCCUGGUUGUGGAAGGCUAUGUACAUCCUGGGACGAGGGCAGAGGAGGAGUUUGAGUCACAAGUGGACAUCGCAAAACGUUUGAUGGGUCUUGAAGACAGUGGUGAAAUGUGUAUCAUUCGAAACUGAGUUGCCUUUAAAAUAUUAAAAGUAUUGUAUUAUCAAGUUA